AUGAAUCAAAUUUUCAAAGAAAAUCAAGCGCAAUAUUAUAUGAAUACUUCGUCAACAAACCCAGCUUAUUCUUCAUGGACGUCAAGCAAAAAUUUUGUAACGCAGAGUUCAUCAGUUAAAGCCGAGAUGGAAAAAAUUCAAUCACAACUUAACGAAAAUCAAUCUUCAGAAAAUUACGAUUCAAGUAUGCAAAAUAGAGAUUCAUCUUCAAUUGCAAAUGAUAUAUUAGACUCAAAUAGCGGACAAGAAUCUGAUAUUGUUGCACCCUCAUCUCCAAAAUCAGGUGGGACAGCUAUUACAGUUGUUAUUCGUGUCAGACCUCCAAAUAAUACCGAGAAAAAUGGACCACCCGGCCAAUUAAUUCGUGUUGUAGAUGAAAAAUGCUUAGUGUUUGACCCACCAGGAGAAAGACAGCAGAAACAAUCAUUUAUAUCAUCAUCGAGAGAUCGAUCUAAGGACAUUAGCUUUGGUUUUGAUAAAAUUUUUGACGAAGAUGCAACACAAGAAGAUGUCUUCGAUAUGGUAAAGAAUACUGUAUUCCAGGAAGAAGGUGGACUCCUUGAUGGAUACAACUGUACAGUUUUUGCAUAUGGUGCAACAGGAUCAGGAAAAACAUUUAGUAUGGCUGGUACCCAAGAAAACCCAGGAAUCAUGGCAAGAUCUGUUGAAUACAUUUUCCAAUCGAUCCAGAACCAAACAGGUAGAAGUGCUAAGAUAUGUAUAUCUUACAUGGAAAUAUAUAAUGAAGUUAUUCGUGAUUUGCUUCAGCCAUCAGAUGCGAAAGGAAAAGAACUUAAAAUUGUUGAUGACCCUCAAAAAGGAAUUAUUGUAACUGGAUUGAGCCAUAGAUAUCCAACAACAACAGCAGAAGUUCUUGAAUUAAUUCAGAUCGGUAAUGCUAAUAGAACACAAGCACCAACAGAAGCAAAUGCAAAUUCCUCGAGAUCCCAUGCAAUUUUGCAAAUCAUUGUUGAAAAUUGCGAUGAUGUUCCUGGCCUUACGACUGUUUCAAAAGUUGGAAAACUCAGCCUUAUUGACCUUGCAGGAAGUGAACGAGCAACAACAAAUACAGGUGUUAGACUUCGCGAAACUGCCAAAAUCAACUGUUCUCUUCUCGCAUUAGGAAAUUGCAUUACAGCUUUAUGCAAUGGAUCCUCCCAUAUUCCUUUCCGUCAAUCGAAAUUAACAAGACUGCUGAUGGAUUCACUUGGUGGAAACUGCAAGACAAUUUACUUAUCAUGCAUUUCUCCAAGCUACAUGACAUAUGAAGAUACAUUCAAUACUCUUCAGUAUGCAAACAAAGCUAAAAACAUCAAAAUUAACAUCAAAAAGAAUACAGUUAAUGUCAAAGCUCAUGUCGCUGAGUACCAGCAGAUGAUUGAGAAGCUUCGUGAUCAAGUUCAUACUCUCCAGUCACGGGCUGUUAAUCUUCCUUUAGUCACAAAUUAUGGAAGAACAUGUGAUCAAUUAUUGGAAAUUCAGAAGCAUAAAAUAACAUCACUUCUCAACAAGAGUUUUCCAAAAUCAGAUGCAUCAAUACAAGAAAAGUAUGAAGCAGUAAGGAAGAUUCCAGCUGUUGAGUUCCAAAGGAAAUGCGCACAAAGAGUUGCUGCUUACACUCAAGAGAGCUUGAAGACAAGGCCAACAGAUGAAACUCAGAAGAAAUGGUUGGAAAGAGAACAACAAAUCAGACAACUGAAUUUAGAAAUAUAUGGAUUGAGAUUAACAGCUGAAUUGUAUCAAUCACAGCUUGAUAUUCAAUCACAGCUAAUUGAUGAGAUAUCAAAACAACGCGCAAAUCCAACUAUUCCUAAGAAAGUUCCUAAAAUCGAAAUCCCAGAGCAAAAAUUGGAAUCUGAUGCAUCACAUAAUAAUAAUAUUAUGCUAUCAGAGAAUAGCGGCUUAUUAAGUAGUGAUGUAGAUUCCAACGUCGCUUCCAUUCCUUCGAUUUUGGAUUCUGUCAGAUUAUUAACAGAUGAUUUUGUUUCAGAUUCACUGAACGAAUCUGAAUCUUAUAAACCAAAACAAAACAGAUUUGGAGCAAGGCCUAUUUCUGCAAGAAGAAGAACAGAUAAUAGUAUUGGAGGAAUGCAGAACAAUGCAGAUGCAGAUAAUAUGUCUAUUUAUUCUUCUGCUUCAAUGAUGUCUUCUGAUGGAUCAGCAUUGAAGAAGAAGAAAUCUAUCAACAUUAGGGAGCAAUUCCAGAUUUUGAAAGCUCAGAAAGAGAAACUACGACAGAGUGUGACUAGCCGUGGUUUAAUCUGA